AUGUGGCACGACAUCAGGCUGAUGCUACUGGUGUUAGUGGCCAUGCUGCUGACAGUCCUUCUAAUGAAGAUGUGCGGUUGGUAUUUUGUGUGGCAUCUUUUAUUAUCUAAGUUCAAGUUGCUGCAGGAACUGGAGGGAGACACAGGAUUGGGAGAUCAUGAGCCUUCAGAGUUAGAAUCAGGAGGAGACACUGCAUCCUCUCAACAUAGGAUCAGAUUCACUAGCCAAAGGAGGGCAAUUGCAGAUGAAGGGCACUGGCCCCAGAUGACGCCUUAA